CGUCGAAUAUAACAGUCGAAAAGGUCGACGCUUUCUCCCAUUGACUCCAUUUUCCGCAAACUCGUUUUUGUUUUUUCAACCAAAAAAUUCUUGAUGGCCUCAACAUUACCCUCGGCAUCGGCCGCCGGAAGCGGAGGAGGGGGCGGCUGUGGUGUUGCACCUUUUCUUUUGAAGACAUACGACAUGGUGGACGACUCUGCGACCGACGACAUAGUGUCAUGGAGCUCCAACAAUAACAGCUUUGUUGUUUGGAACCCUCCUGAAUUCGCUCGUCUUUUGCUUCCCACUUAUUUCAAGCACAAUAACUUCUCCAGUUUCAUCAGGCAGCUUAAUACUUAUGGAUUCCGUAAGAUCGAUCCUGAACGAUGGGAAUUUGCUAAUGAAGAUUUUGUGAAAGGUCAAAAGCAUCUUCUUAAGAACAUCCACCGGAAAAAGCCCAUUCACAGCCACAGUAAUCCUCAGGGUUCUUUCGUAGAUCCCGAAAGAGCUGGAUUCGAAGAAGAAAUCGAGAGGCUUUCACGUGAGAAAACUGCACUUGAGGCUAAUGUUUUGAGGUUUAGAGAAGAACGAUCGGCUGCUAAGCAUCAGAUCGAAGAGCUGACACUGCGAGCUGAUCAAAUGGAGCAGAGGCAGGAAACUUUGUUUAACUUCUUAGACAAGGCUGUUCAAGACCCUGCUUUCGUUGAGCAUCUCGUUCGUAAGAUUGAAUCAAUGGAAUCAUUGGAUGUUGCAGCGUAUAAUAAGAAAAGAAGACUGCCUCAAAUUGACCGAAUCGAGCCAGUCGGAGAAAUUUGUCUUUUGGACAACAACAACAGUAGCUCUAGAGCCGAGUUUGGAAACAUUUUCCACCAAGAUUUCUCAGACAAGCUAAGACUGGAAUUAUCACCAGCUGUUUCAGAUAUUCACGUGGUUUCUCAAAGCACACAAAGUUCCGAUGAAGAUGGAGUGAGUCCACGGAUAAGGAUAUCUGAAGGAGAACCAAAGGAUGCUUAUAUGAGAUCCGAGGGCCUCUUAUUUGCACCUGAAAGAUUAGACCUUUCGGAAUCAAGCAGAUCUUUUACUCUGCAACAGAGAUUAAACUCCAAUGACGAACCCGAUAAUCAUAUCUCCUGUCUGUUGAAUCUAACUCUGGCAUCUUCUUCAUCACAAGUCAAUAGAAGUCCAAGCUUAACUAUGAUGUCCCAACUCGGUCAAGAAAUCGGAAAAGACCCUAAGUCAAGGUCUAAUGCCAACUCUAAAGACUCUGAUGCCAGAGCUUACGGAAACAGCAGAAACAUGAUCAAUGGGGAAGCAACAUUAUCUUCGCCAAAAGAAGACCUUAAUACAAAUCAAAAGCCUGCAACUCCACCAGUUAGAGUGAAUGAUGUAUUUUGGGAACGGUUCCUUACAGAAAGACCCGAUUCCUCCGACGAUGAAGAGUCCAAUUCUGACCAUCAAGCAAACCCGUACAAAGAAGAAGACAAAAGCUCGACCUACGGACUAGCAAGGAAUGCCAAGAACAUGGAGCAGCUUAGUCUUUGAGCUGCAAAGUUGUCUCUUUUCCAUAAAUCCAGUGACAGAAGUCUACAAGGGUCUCUCUUACUCCUUUUCCUGCUUUAUGAUACAAUUUUGAAUAACACAAUGUUGAAAUCCAGCUGCUUAGUUGAAUGUUAAAACUGGAUGUUAAUCUGAGAGUUCAUCUCAUACAUUUUGGGGUUUAGCUUCCUUUUGUUAGAUCAGUCUUGAGAUUGUUUCUGUUUGAUUCAUUGUUAGUUGAUGUGAGAAUGUUAGAUUCAUAUAACAUAUUUCCUCAUGUA